CGCUUGCGCGUUACACCUGUCAUCCACCAUUAUUGCCGUCUAUUGUCAUAUUCUGUCAUCGAAGAAAAACCGUGAAAAAUGCCGAAUAUUAAACUGCGUUCCUCCGACGGUGAAACGUUCGAGGUGGACGUGGAGAUCGCGAAAUGUUCAGUGACCAUCAAGACCAUGCUGGAGGACCUGGGGAUGGACGAGGAGGAAGAGGAAGUGGUGCCUCUCCCCAAUGUCAAUUCGGCGAUUUUGAAGAAAGUUAUCCAGUGGUCCACUUAUCACAAAGAUGAUCCUCCACCGCCCGAAGACGACGAGAACAAGGAGAAACGCACGGAUGAUAUUUCGUCAUGGGACGCCGAUUUUCUCAAAGUGGACCAAGGCACUUUGUUUGAGCUGAUCCUGGCGGCGAAUUACCUGGACAUCAAGGGGCUGCUCGAUGUGACUUGCAAGACAGUCGCCAACAUGAUCAAGGGCAAGGCCCCCGAGGAGAUCCGCAAGACUUUCAACAUCAAGAACGACUUCACAGCCUCCGAGGAGGAGCAAGUGCGCAAGGAGAACGAAUGGUGUGAGGAGAAGUAAACUCGUAUUUUUUUUAUUUAAGAUUAUUUCCAAAAUUGCGUUCAUUGUUUUAUUGUAAUAUGAUUAUUUAAAUCAAACGCCAUUUCGACCCAA